GAAGGGUGGAUAUCCCAGUGGUGCUGGGCCCAACAUAAGGGAGAAGAUUCUAUCAUUGAGAAAUAUCAAAAAGGACCUGUAGAUUCAUACCAACACACCAAAAACACCCAUCAUCUAAAUACCAGGACUGAUAAUUAGAAUAGAUAUCCUUUUUUAGAAUGGAAAACUAGGGGUUUUGAUGGAGGAGAAGCCCUAAACAUAAAAGGGUUUUGUUGACAAAAUUUUAAAGGAAUUGAGUUCAUGGAGGAUGAUUCUCAGCCAGUGGAUUUGGAUAUGUUAGAUCAAAUUCUGUCAAAAGAUAAUUGCAAUUGGUUUGAGACCCCGAAUUCUUCGAGCUUCUCUCCUCUUCUUGCAUCAAGCAGUAGUGUUUGCAGCGAAAUUACGACUCAAAGAUCGAUUAUAUCGACAAAUCUGCGUAUAGAAAACACUAAUGGAACACAAUUCCUCGAUUCAAAUGCGAUACAACGAGUGUUUUCGGUUCAAUCUAGUGAAUUACAUGACUCAAGAACAAGUUGGGGCUCUUCCCUAAAUGAGAGGUUGAUGCAUGCAUUAAGUUACUUUAAGGAGACUCAAAUAGAUCCUAAUGUUCUUGUUCAGCUAUGGGUCCCGGAAAAGAGGGGAAACCAAUUGGUGCUUUCGACUCGCGAACAACCAUAUUUUCUCGACCCCAACUGCGAAAAGCUCGUGAAUUAUAGGGAGAUAUCGGCGAAUUACCAAUUCUCGGCGGAAGUGGACUGCGAAGGGGCUUUGGGCUUACCGGGAAGAGUGUUUCUGGGGAAAUUACCUGAGUGGACGCCGGAUGUUCGACUAUUUACCCCUUACGAGUACCCGCGGGUGAAUUACGCUCGGUGCCUCGAUGUCCGCGGAUCGGUCGCUAUUCCUGUGUUUGAGAGGGGAAACUGUUCUUGUUUGGGUGUUGUGGAAGUUGUUAUGAUCACGCAGAAGAUGAAUUACGAUUCUGAACUUAAUAGCAUCUGCAGUGCUCUGCAGGCCGUGAAUCUUCGAAGCUCCGAAGUUCAAUGUGUCCCUCAAAUAAAGUUAAAUGUCAGUUGCUACCAAGCUGCUAUUCCGGAGAUACUAGAGGUCUUAAGAUCUCUUUGCAAGGCGCACAAUCUACCACUAGCUCAAACUUGGAUUCCGUGUGUUCAACAAGGCAAAAGAGGCAGCCGCCACUCAGAUGAGAACUAUGCUCGCUGUGUCUCCACAGUUGACUCGGCUUGUUACGUGAACGACCCUUCUUUAUUUAGCUUCCACAAGGCUUGCUCGGAGCAUCACUUGCUAAGAGGCCAAGGCAUAGUAGGAAGAGCUUUCAAUAUAAACCAACCAAGCUUUUCUUCAGAUGUAUCGGCUUUAAGUAAGUUCGAAUACCCCCUCUCUCACCAUGCUAGGAUGUUCAAUCUAAAGGGCGCGGUUGCGAUUCGAUUACGGAGUACUCUUACCGGAAGUACGGACUUCGUGUUAGAGUUCUUUCUCCCCUCUUAUUGUAUAGGAACUAAUGAACAAAAAUUGAUGCUCGAAUCAUUAUCGAGCACCGUACAAAAUGUUUGCCGAACUUUACGAGUGGUUACAAAUAAGGAGAAUGAGGAUGAGGCAUCAUUAGAAAUAAGAGAACUUAACUCAUUAGUCGUUUCUCAUAGUAAAUCUCUUUGUGAUGGAGGUCAAGAGCAAAAUAAGCACAACUUUUUAGUUAAAUCCUCACAAAAGCACAAAGGAGAGGGAGAAUGUUCUAAAGGGAAAGUGCUUCUUGAGUCUGAUCAGAAGCAAGAGGAUUUGGUUAAAGAUGAUGAGAAGUGCUCAGUUGGUAAAACUACAGAGAAGAGGUACUCGAAGAAUGAGAAGACGGUUAGUUUACAAAUUCUUCAGCAGUAUUUCGCCGGUAGCCUCAAGGAUGCUGCGAAGAGCCUUGGAGUGUGCCCUACUACUCUCAAAAGAAUAUGCCGGCAAUACGGGAUAAACCGCUGGCCGGCGCGGAAGAUUAAGAAAGUAAAUCACUCCCUAAAGAAGCUCCAAGUUGUUAUCGACUCCGUUCAUGGAGCUGAUAACGCCCUACAACUCCCCUCUCUCUACAAGGACAUUGCAACUGCCUCUUGCUUCGAGGAUAAUACACAAGGAAACAACAUUGUUCACCCAGUAAGUGAAAAAGAUAAGCAUAGCUUUUAUGUUUCAUCGUCUUCGCUGUUUCCAUCCACUUGUAAUUUAAGUCCCAAUUCAAGUCGAAUGGAAAUUGCCUCUAAGGAGAAGGAUAGGGGAAGUGCUCAUGGAGAGAAUAGCACUCGAGAAGCACCGAAGUGCUUUUCGGGAAGCUCUUCCUCCUUGCUGCGUAAGGAAGAGAAGUGCGUCAGAGUAAAAGUCGUAUGCGGUUCAGAGAAAGUCAGGUUCAGAUUGAAGCCUCCGUGGAGAUUUCAAGAUCUGAAGCAGGAGAUCGUCAGGCGAUGUAACAUAGCAAAUAAUGUUUCGCUUAAUCUCAAGUACAUGGAUGAUGAUUCGGAGUGGAUAUUACUAACAUGCGAUGCAGAUCUAGAGGAGUGCAUUCAUGUGUGUAAUGCAGCUAAUGCUCACAGAGUCAAAAUUUCUGCUUCUUUAGGAAGCACAUGAUUGGCUCAAAUGCUAACCUAGUCGAGUUACUUCUUUGAGCGAGCAAGACUAUGAUUUCGCUAUGCAAGAUAAAAUGCUUCUUAGUGAAAGAAUGACGGUCGUAAUCAGAUCAAAAUGGUCAGGUUUUAUUUGCUCGGCAAAUUAUCUAAUCAUGGUUUUAAGGAAAUGUUUAAGGAUUCAAGCUCAAAUUGUGUUUUUGAUGGUUUGUGGCUCUACAGAAUCAAGCUGACACAUUUUAGGAGUUUAAAAUCAGAAAUCAGAUUCAAAGGAUCAGAGAAUCAAGAUACAGCUAAAGAGAGUGCCAGUUCAGUGCGCGCUUCAUUCGUCGAUCCAUCACAGAGAAAAUUUUCCCUUUUUUUGCUACUUCGAGGCGAAAUGUUUACUGGAUUUCUUUCUCUUUUCUUUUUUUCCUGUGAGAUUUAAGAAUUGACAUACUAACAUUAUAUUUUAUUAUGUGGGAUUCUUUGUCACACUUUUCUGUAACUAUUUUUGGAGUUCUCUUCUUUUUUUUGGCCCUGAGAUAAAAACUAUAAUGAUGUUAUUGUACGCA